UGGGUUUGUUCGUCGCCCAGUUGCGUGUGCAGUAUAGCAGGUUAGGUAGGUAGGUAGGGUACCUAUACCUACUUGGUGCCGUGUUGCGUCUACACCGUCCGUAUAUGUGCCCGUCGACCCUUGAUUUCCCGCGCUCGGCCUCCGUGCUUUGUCGAGGUCGGUUCGAGUCGUAACGGAAGGCGUCGUCCUCCCCCCAACCCAGCGGUGGUGUGCUUGCCGUUCCGGUACUACAUACAGGUAGGUGUUUUCAUCUCGAUCCGACUCGGCGUCUUGCUUGCUUGCUCGCCAAACCCACACACGCACGCACGCAUUUCACAUGAUCGUUCCCCAUUCUUGGCCCGUCCCGUCCCAUAUUUGAGGUGUAGGUCGUCUGCAUGCCCACCUGGCAGUCCCUUGGCUGCCCGCGGUUCCGGUCCCGUCUGUCCACAGCAGAUCAACAAGACACCACCACCUCUUAACUUAGUACCUGCCUUGCCUCAACUCGGACUUUGCCCACGGCACGCCUCCAGGGGUCGGGUUCGUCCAUCAUUUUGUCGGUCAAACACUGCCUUGCCUUGCGGUCCCGAAUACCUGCUUGGUGCCUCUGCAAAGCUCAUCCCACCCAUCUCCUCCUCCUCCUCCUCCCCCCCCCCCCUCCUCUUCUACCCUCCUCCCUUGGAGGGCUUCGCCUGCUGGUCCUGUCCGACAUCGUUGCCACUCGCUUGCCUACGACCAUCUCUCUCCUCUCCCGCCCCUCCAACUCCUCCCAUCGCAGCAGUGCGUGCGUGCUGGCCGGCCCUGCACAAUAACACCAGUGUUGCAUGAAGGACGCGGCGACUGCACCGAAACGUCAAAAUCGGCCCAUGUCUCAUUGGCCAUCCUCGUCGGAUCGGUUAUAAUUGCUCAUCCCGCUGCCUGUGCGUCGCCGUCCCUGCUCGGCUCGCCAAUCGCUACGGCCUUCGUCCGCCCAAACGACACCAAGCACGCUGCUUCUUACAUCAAACGACUGCGGGUGCCGACGCGAUACCCCCUCCCCGGCGGAGCUCUACUGUUACAUCCAACCUGCUCCCGCCCCUCGCCGUUUGGCUGCUUCCCUUCCUCGUCUGGUCCUCGGCGUCGACGGUCCGGCCUUCCCUUUGCAACACCCUCGCCGCUGGCCCCGUGAGACGCAAGGUGCUGACGACGACUGCCAGCAACUGUCUAAUACGUGCCGGGUUGGGACCAUGGAACCAGAUGCCGCCAAGCGGCAUCAGGAACAACAGCAGCCCUCCAGUGCCGCCGAGUACACGCCUUCGAUCGUUUCACCCGACUCCUCUCAACUCUCGCAGCAGGCUCCUGCCUGGACCUCGCCGGACCCGGGCUCCAGCUCGAGGAUAAGCGGUACCUUUGAAUUCACCUCGGCGCCCUCGGACAUCUCGGUCCCGUCUUUCGACCCAGCCAUUGCCGCCUUCGCAGACAUGUCCUUCGCUCAACCACCCGUGGCCUCGCCCUAUAUGCAAGACGGGAAGUCUGCGCCCACUGGGAGCAGCCAGGCUCAACAGCCAGACUGCUUCCAACGCCGCGAUGUGCAUGACAAGAAGCGUUUCAAAACAGAUCCCGACACGCCCGCCCUGGACUCAAUAGACUACUGGAUCAACUUUGACGAUGACUGGGACAGGCUGGGCAGCGUCGAGAUCGACUACUCCAAACGCAACGACCCAAUAUACAAUACCAGGGCCGCCGCCGUAGCGAGCACAAUGCCUGCCCUGGGCAGUGGCGUCUACUCCACUGCCGUGGCGCCAUUCAGAGAAGAGGACUUCAUUGACGACACGGCCUUUGAUCACACGCUUUCGGAGGACGAGGAUGCCUUCGAGUCGACGCACCACGGCGACCAGCUGUCCGCGAUAGACGGUAGAGUUCCUCCAGCCCCGGCAGGCCCGGCCCCCCAAGGAGACAAGAACUUCGAGUCGAGUCCUCGGGCAUGGAGCAGGCCAGACGAUGGCAUGCGCUCCGAACCGAUGAUGGAGGCCACGCCGCGGCAAAUGUCGGGUAACAACAUCUGGGAGGCAAUGCCCCGCGGCGCGAAUCAUACGCUCAGCCCUGACGAGCAGAGGCGACUCCUCGAAAUCGCCCUCAACACGGGUAGGAUGCCCGGGAGCUUCAUUCCCCCAAACGGAUUCGGAAUCGGAUUCGGUGCCGGCCUCGGUGCGCGCCCGCCCGCUGAGUUCGAGAAGCGGUCAAGUCUGUCCACGGAGCGACCGAGCGCGACACCGUCGUGGACGUCCAGGGGCGACGAAGCGUCGGAAGGUGCACAGAAGCAACAGGGCAAGAAGCCAGCCGCCCCAAAGGCCGGCCCGACCAAAAAGCACGGAGAGACAGGCAAGCCCAAGUCGGCUGAUCGGAUAGCACACAACGACGUGGAACGCAAGUAUCGCACAAACCUCAAGGUCAAGAUUGCCGAGCUGCGCGACGCCGUCCCGGCGCUGCAGUCGCCAAAUGCGGAUGCCGACUCGGAGGGCGGAAGUGGUAACCAAGGGACACCAAAAGUGAGCAAGGGUACCGUCCUGACCAAGGCGACGGAAUACAUCCAGCAGCUCGAGCAGCGAAACAAGACCAUCAUGCAGGAGCAUCAGCAGCUCGCGCGUCGGCUGCAGGCCUUUGAGACGCUCUUCGACAACGCAAACCGACCAGACAUGAUGAUGCCAAACCAUAGCAUGACGCUCUUUGAUCCGCGUGGCUUCUGCUAAACAAUGCCCGUGCGACUUGACUCUCUUCGAGAUGACAUAGCUGGGUGCGGAGUAGUGCACCCCUACGUGUUUAUGUAUACCCUGCGGACGGCGCUGCGGGCUUGAGCAACGCCAUGAAGCCCCGGCGUUGCCACGGUAUUGCAGCUUCAUUGAUGACAGAGUGAGUUAUGUAUCAUGUAUAUCGCGACAAGCAUUUUCGGGAACGCAGGCGCAUGGGCGUGAAGACAAAGGGGGGCCGGCUAAGAGCCGUGUUACAAGGGAACGAAGUCAGGAAUCUCGCAUCUCCGGACAACAAAUAAAUAGUGCAUUGUUUGCAGGGGGCCGGGCGACGAGGGACACCCGCGCUGAGCCUGCUAGUACUCGUGUCUCGUACUCUGUACAUGUAUAUACAAGUGCUGUGACAGCCAAGUGCGACAAUGAUCCCCUGCCGAUGUCAUUCACACGACGGUGUCGACGACGGUUUCGGUGUUGAGGUCGGUGACGGUGGCGGUUUCGUGGACGAAGACGGUUUUUCCGGUACGCCAUAGCAACGAACGAGCUUGCUUGGCCUGUCGUAGAUGCAGGGAGUGUCAUCAUCGCCGCACUGUCCGCAAAACAAAAAAAGAAAGAGAUGAUGUUAGCGUCC